CACGAGAUUGCGAAUUCUACAGGCAUUGUGCAUUAUUUCUAUGCGAAUAUUUUCAUACACUUGGAUUCUCAAGUUAGAGGGGGAACGACUGUAUGCUAUUCAAGAUACAUUCAUUCACUGAUGGUCACCCAUACUAUAGGGGCGACAUGCUCCCUACAGCCAGUACCUUGGAGUCCGGACCGUGCCAUGUCAAACUUGUACUCGGUCUGAUUGUAUCACUGCAGCACUCAAAUCGUUCACUAACACUUGGCUACAGCUGAGAACUUAUGAAGGAACCCAUCGCUUUCACUUGAUAGAAAAGGAGGUCAGAAAUGACGCAUUCGCCGAUCGCCCGCGCCUCGGGGUGUUUGUUCGGCCAAGUUCUCCAACUUGUUGACUCUGCGCUAAAUCUUUCUUCAAGUGGAUUCCUUUUCUCCUUUACUGCUUCCUCGUUCUCAGUUUCUCCUUUUGGGUUCGUGUCGAGCCUACCACUACCUUCGUCACCAGUCGUGUUGCUAUGGCCGCCACCAACAGCCUUGAUUCCGAAUGCACUGUCCCUGCCGCUCCGACUGCUCCGAGCCCUCCUUCGUCUAUCGAGGCCGAAUGUUACUAUUACGGCAUACACUCUCGCCCCCGUUUGGUCGCUCGUUCCAGCACCAACGUCUGGGUCAAGCCGACGGGCCCCGAAGCACACCUUAUCACCAAGGAGCUUGGUCCUCUGGGCUUGCACCCUCUCCGAGACAUCUGGGAGGCCUCGGUUGGUCCCGCCAUAUUCGAAUAUUUGGAUUCCAAGGGGGUGAAGUGGACGAGUAUAGACCCAGUUCGUAUAGGUUACGAUGACGAGAUUCCCCGUCCCGCUAUCGUAUGGAUCGGAGUUGUCCCUGGCUCCCUCUCUGCCGAGGAUGGCGUCGAGAUCGCUGUUCAUUGCAAGGGCAUCCUUACCGCUCACCAAAUGGACGACGUCCACGUCGAAAUUCGCGAGUCGGAGGUCUUCCGCUACGCCAGUCACAAGACGUAUAAGCCAGCCCUCACCUCCAACGCCACCGCCCGGGACCGAGAGCCUUUCUCCACUGCCCUCGGUCUCCCGAUCUGUGCCGAAGUCACCCCAUCCAUCGAGGGAACUGGCGGAUUCUUCUUCACCGACCCUCGCAACCCCGGCAAGCUCUACCUUCUCACAGCCAGACAUGUCGUUUUCCAUCCUGAUAAGGAUCCCAACGUACUCUACCAGCAUGGCAACUCCAGCCAGCCCCGAAAGAACGUCUUGCUAUUUGGCGAUGCUGCGAUGGAGAAGUAUCUCAAGGCCAUCGAGUCUGAGAUCGGCAGCAAGCAGAUCAUCAUCGGGCAGCUCGAGAGGCGGUUGGAGGCUGCUGAGCAGACGGAUGAGGAUGCUGAGAAGGAGCGGAAACAGGUCCUGCCGCAGUUGGAGAAGGCGAGGGAGGCGAUGGAAAACCUCGAGAAGUUCCUCGCUGAUGUCUCCAGAGACUGGAAAGAGCGAGAGAACCGUGUCCUCGGCUACGUCGUUCUGUCUCCCCCUAUCGGUCUUGACGUCGGGGAGGAAGGGUUUACUGAGGAUUGGGCGGUGAUUGAGAUCAACGAUGAAAUCGUUGACGAGUUUACUGCGGGGAUGUUCCCCCACCCCGCCAACCCGCCUUCGCUGGAGUACCCGGGAGACCGUCUCCUCGAGUUCUACGGCACAAUCCCCGAUGAGGAGAUGUGGAAGCCUAGCCCGAGGACCUUCGACCACGCCAAUGACCCGUGCGUUAUGAUGGUCUUCAAGCGCGGCUACGCCCCCGACCUCACCGUCGGACGCCUCAACACCAUCCGUUCGUUCACCAGGGUCUACUUCAAGGGCCAGCCCGGUCAGAUGUCGAAGGAGGUCGCCGUCUUGCCUCGCAACUCCGAGUCUGGUCCCUUCUCCAGCCCUGGCGACUCUGGCUCGACUGUCAUCGAUGGCAUGGGCAGGAUUGCCGGCUUGCUCACUAGCAGCGCUGGAGUCACUGACGUCUCCGACUGCACCUACCUUACCUCCAUCAACUUCCUCGUCAAGCGCAUGUUGGAGUACGGUCUCAAGGCUAAUCUCUUCCUCUCCCUCAUUGCUUAAAUGCCACUCCCCUCUAUCUACGGACUCGUCGUCAGUUAGACUAGGUACCGGAUACUUCCUUCGUACGGCACUCGGUCUCGUGUUGGGCGUGACGUGGCGUCUCCCGCAGUCUUCUCUUGAUCGCUUACAAUGUACAGUACUUCCAUGAAAUGUUAGGUGCAGAUUGUUAUUCGGAAAUGUAUUCGUAGUACGUGAAUUUGACG